GGACCCAAUUACAGCUACUACAUGUCUCGACCGUCUUCGCCGCACCCGUUUUUCUCCAAGAUCGCUGCUGCAGCGACUGUCGCUGUCCCUCCUCCGUCCAGAUGGCUCCCAAGAUGAACGGGUUUGGCAUUAUGCCCGAGGACACCCGCAUCUGCGUUGUCAUGGUCGGUCUUCCCGCCCGGGGCAAGAGCUACAUCGCGCAGAAAGCCCAGCGGUACCUGAAUUGGCUCUCCAUCCCGGCCGAGACCUUCAACGUCGGCAAUUACCGUCGCCACGACGCACCCCAUCCAUCGGCCGACUUCUUCGACACAAACAAUGUCGAGGGCGAGCGCAAGCGUCGCGCGGCCGCCGAGGCUGCCGUCUCAGACAUGCUCAAGUGGUUCAAGAGCGGCGGUGUUGUGGGCAUCUUGGAUGCGACCAACAGCACCAAGGAGCGCCGGAAGUGGGUGCUCGAACGGGUCGCAAGCGAAGGCAUCGAGGUCCUCUUCGUCGAGUCUAAGUGCGACAACGAGGAGCUGAUCAUGGCCAACAUCCGCGACGUGAAGACCACCUCUCCCGACUACGUCGGCCAGGAUCCCGAGAAGGCGGCCCAGGACUUCCGCGAGCGCAUCCGCCACUACGAGAAGGUCUACAAGUCAAUCAACGAAGAUGGCGAUGAGGACCACCUGACGUAUCUUAAGAUCAUGAACGUCGGCAAGAAGGUCUUCAUCAACCGCAUUCAGAACUACCUGCAAAGCCGCAUCGUUUACUUUCUGAUGAACCUGCACAUCCGCCCACGCUCUGUCUGGCUGUCUCGCCAUGGCGAAUCGGCGCUGAAUCUGGAAGGCCGCAUCGGCGGCGAUGCAGAGCUGUCCCAUCGUGGUGAAGAGUACGCGCGUAAGCUUCCCGAGCUGGUUCGCGAGUCCGUUGGUAGCGACCGGCCCUUGACCGUUUGGACCUCAACUCUGAAGCGGACCAUUGCCACGGCCCGCCACCUGCCAAAACAUUACAACCAACUCCAAUGGAAGGCCCUCGACGAGCUCGACGCCGGCGUGUGCGAUGGCAUGACGUACCAGGAAAUCGCAGACCAAUACCCCGAGGACUUCCAGGCGCGCGACGAGGACAAGUACAACUACCGCUACCGGGGCGGCGAAAGCUACCGCGACGUGGUCAUCCGCCUCGAGCCCAUCAUCAUGGAGCUCGAGCGCAGCGAGGACAUCCUCAUCAUCUCGCACCAGGCCGUCAUCCGCUGCAUCUACGCCUACUUCAUGCAGAAGACCCAGGAGGAGAGCCCCUGGGUGCCCGUGCCGCUGCACACCCUGAUGAAGCUGACGCCCCGCGCCUACGGCACCGAGCUGCAGACCUACCGCGCCAACAUCAAGGCCGUCAGCACCUGGCGCGGCAAGGGCAGCACCGCCAAGCACGAGGAUCCUGUCCCGGAGGGCGGCAUUUGACCGCCGUCGCAACCGCGUACUCUCAUUGCAUCAAUCGUCUUUUUUUUCAUUUUUUA